UUUUAAACUUUUCUCAACCCAAAAAAGAAAAAAAAAAAGUUUUUUUUUGUUUAUAGAUCUAAAAUUAAAUAUGGAUUCAACAACAAAAAAGAGGCCAAGAUCGGAAGAAAUGACAAGUUCACAAAAAAUAAAAAAACAAAUCUUGGAAAAAGUGACGUCUUCUAAUUCUCUUUUACCCACCUCUGCAUUACUUGAAGUUGCUGAAGAUUUUAGAAUUAUUGUCGGUACUUAUGAACGACUUUUAUUUGGUAUUAAUGCCAAUUGGAAUGAUAAUAAAACACAAUUAAAGCUUGAACCUAUUUUUAUUAUUCCUGCUCAUACGGGUUGUAUUCGUACUGUAUCUGUGGGUGGUCACUUUUUAGCUUCAGGUAGUAGUGAUGAGAUCAUUCGUCUUUAUGAUGUAAAAAAACGUAAAGAAUAUGGAUCAUUGGGUGGUCAUCAUAUGGGUGAUAUUACAGAUAUUCAAUUUCACGGUAAAUAUAUGCUCUCUGCAAGUGACGAUCAUACCAUCAAUUUGUGGAGAACAAAAGACUGGGAAUUCUUAAAGACACUUAAAGGACACAAAGGAAGAGUUAAUUCAUUAGCUAUUCAUCCUACUGGUAAAAUUGCUUUAUCUGUUAGUGCAGAUAGAACAGUCAUUGUUUGGAAUUUGAUGACAGGACGUAAAGCAAGUGUAAAUAAAUUAGGCAAAGAGGAACCAAUGGUUGUGUUAUGGAAUACUCAAGGUGAUCAAUAUGCUAUUAUGUUUAAUAAGAACAUACAUAUUUAUAAUGUUUCGGAUGCCAAAGUACAUGUCACUAUUUCACACAACUCAAGGUUCAAUACAAUGAAGUAUGUUCAUUCUAAAGAAGAUGAUAAGGAUUACAUUGUCACAGGAAGUGAAGAUAAAAUAAUUCGUGUUUGGAAUAGUGAAACAGGGGAAUGCGUGAAAGAAAUUAAAGGACAUAAACUACGCGUAAAGGCAAUUACAGAAAUUACAAUGGAAGAUAAGAUAGUAUUAGUCUCUGUAUCUUCAGAUGGACUUGUUAAAUGCUGGGAUUUAGAACAUAUAAUUCAUUCUUCAUCAGAAGAAGAUAUUCAACCUUUAGGAGAAUACAAUACAAAAUGUCGUGCAACUUGUAUUACUGGACACCUUGGUUUCUCUACCCAUCAUCACAAAGAAGAAAAGCCUUCUGCUGCUGCUGAUAAUAAAGAAUAAUAUUAUGUGUAACGCAAACCCACUUUUUUUAUUUUAUUUUUUUAAAAAAAAGAAAGAAAGAAAGAAAGACUCUAUUCUGUAUUUUUUUUAUUAUUAUUAUCAUUAUUAUUGUUUAUUAUAUACUUAUGGAACAC